AUGAGCGGAAAGGCUGCCCAGAAGGGAUGGGCAGCUGGCGUGGUGGUAACCACAAGUGGCCUGGCAAAAGGGGAGAAAAGCGAGGCACAGAGAAAAAUAAAACAAGCUGGAGGAGACUACUCGCCGAACCUUUCAAGGCGCUGUACUCAUGUACUCACACGGCCUGGGACAGAUAGUCAGAAACUUGACGCUAUUCGCAGCAACCCGCAACUCUGGCCUCAGGCCAUAAUCGGUUUGGACUGGCUGGCAGCUUGCGAACAGCAGGCGAAAUGCCUGCCCCCUGGACAAUUUGCUAUAGGCCAACGUCCGGCCAGCUUUGUCAAGCAUGAGGUUCCGGUCACUGCAGCCAAGCCGCCAGGGCCCUGGCAGCCUCCUGUUGCCCCUGAUGUCGCGGCUGUCCCGCCAGCCGUGCCCGCACCUGCACCCGCCACAACGGCCCAAAAGCCAGCACCCUGGCGGGUCCACUUCAGCCAGGUGGAGGAGGAUCCUUUCCUCGCCUUCCAUGCCGCAGCCCCAGCUACCGGAGUGGCGGAGGUGGCCCGGCGUCCCUGGCGGGUGCGGGUGUCUUCCGUCCCCGAGGACGCGCCACCGGCCCGGGGUACCGCGGGCAUGCCCAAGUCAGCAGCUGGUGGGCCCAGCGGUGAUCAGGAUGAGCUGGCCGAGCCGCCGCAGCUAACGGAGGACGAUGGCGGCGCCGGCGGCGCGCCACCGCAGGCGAAACCGUGGCAUAUACGGCACCUUGAAGAGGCGUCGGCCGAUGACGUGGGGCUCCCAGCGGCCCUGCAGCCGCGGGCAGCCGGUAUCGCCACUGCGGCUGCACCUGUGAACCUCAUGGGAGCCACGCGCAGCACCGCCUCCGGUUCCGCCGCCACCGCCACCGCCAUCACGGCUGAUAGUACCUCCCGAGGGGGCCCUGUGGCGGGUGGACCUGCAGAGACCGGCCCUGCGGGAAACCGCUGGGUGCAGCAGAAUAGCAGCAGCCAGUCAGGUGGGCUGGUGAUCCGCCACCCAGCCGCGAUGGCUCUUUUCGAGGCGCUGGCCUCACCGCGAUCGUCUCAGGGCUCAGUCCUAAGUAACCUACCGCCACCGACUGCACCAACUGCACCGGUUGAUCCACGGGCAGCUGCGGUCACAUCGGGCUUGGGCACGGAACGUUCCUCGGAGCCUGCUGUGUCCCCGGCGGCCCGAAUGGCAUACGCAAGCGACGUGCAGGUUCAAGCCGGGACAACCGCGGGUCCAGGUGCGAGUAGGCCGCCUGCGACGGCCACGGGCCACACCAUGAGUGUCCCCGGCGGCCGGACCGGUGCGCCUAUGACAGCUGGAGGCCGCGACGGCGUACCUGUUGGCGCAGGGGGCACGAGGGCAGCACGGACGGGUGGGACCGGGCUGGGGCCGCUGGGUGGUGUCUUCGCACAGACAGAGGACGAGGAGGCGGAGGUGCCCUUUCCUUCGCUGACACAACUAGCGGAGGACCUUCAGGCUUUGCGUCAGGAUUUUGUGGUUAUGCCAAGUGCGGGGCAGGCAGCCCAACCGCAGCGUCCGGCAGCGACACAGUCACCGCCGCCGCUGCAGCAGCAGGAGGUGCACCUUACUGGCUACACAUCGCCGCCUGCACCAGGGGAGCCAGGGCUCCCAGGCCCUGCAGCUAGAGCUGGUACGGCAGAGUGGCAACCGUCUUGUAGCAACAACAUAAGCGGUAGGGGUAGUGACGGAGAAGAUGCCAGGGCUAUCCCAAAUGAGAAGCAGUUGCGGGAGGAGCUGCCGGGUAAGCGCUAUGGCCAGGGCCUAGCGCAGCGGCACCCGGAUACCAGCAGUGCUUGUGCUGCUGUUGCACAUGGGGCCAUGGGCCCAGGGGACGCUGAGGCAUCGGGGUGGUGGGCUCCACCCCUGUCGCAGCUGGUUGCGGAGCUGCGGGACGCGAGGCAGGGCCUGGGGACGAGGCCGGCCGCUGUGGAAGCAAGACCCGGGGUGCACGAUGGCGCGCGGCCAGCUCUGGCGCCGGACGGCCCUGCGGCUGGAACGCGUUUGAGCGGCGUGGAUGUGCGAUCCGAGCAACACCAGCAGUGUGCUGCUCACCACGCCAUUUGGGCUACGGAUGGGGCUGAUCGGGAGGAGCACGAUGCAUGGGUGAGGCCCCAGGCGAGGCCCGGCGAGCAGCUGCCAGGCCCAGCAUACGCGUACUACAGGGCGCCGCCGCUACCGUUUUCUCUCCAAGCCGCCGGUUCCAUUGGGGCUGCAGGACAGCGGACGGAACCUUCCCUUGGGGCCCCCGUCCGGGGUGCGGGCGGUACCGGCCAAGGGGCUGACGAGGAAGAGGAGGAGCAGCACGGGGCAGACGCGGAGCCAGGCCCUAUGACACAGAUGAUCGAGGGGCUGCGGGAGGCGAGGGAGGGCCUGCGGAUGGGCUGCGGCGGGAACACAGAGGGGCAUGCUCCCCAGGCGGUAGGCCGGCCGCAAGAUGACUCCUCACCCCUUAUGCCGCCGUCACCGUCGCUGCCAUUGCGCACCACCCAUGAAGGGCCAGACGCAGGCGUGGGUGGAAGGGUAGAUGCAGGAGUGGCAUGGCGUGUCCCGCAGCACAACGCCAGCCCUCCCACGCUCGCCGAGCUAUGGGGCCGCAGCGAUGGCGAAAGCCAUCCCCUCAACGACACUCGUCUCGCACCGGUGGCGCGGGAGGAUUGCGGCCGCCCACUGUUUGCCUGGGAUGCCGCAGGCCAAGCUGCGGCGCCGUUUGCACCGCCACUGGCAGCGACAAAGGAGGGGUUGGUUGUACGGCCCGCUCGUUACCUUUCUUCUCCGGAAGCUGGGUUCGCGCUUGGCCCGAAGCGCGAAGCACCGGGGGCACCAGCGGCUGCUGCCCCUGUCCCUGCCGCAGUCGUAACGGGGCCCGUCCGUGGUAGUGAGCAGGCGGCGCGGCCAUGGAUGUCCAACAGCACCAGCGACACCAACCGCACGGAUAUCGCCGAGGAGCCGUCCCUGACGCAGCUCAUUGAGGGGAUGCGGGAGGCGCGUCAGGAGCUGCGGGCCCCCGGGCUGGAUGCGGAAUCACCGACGCGAUCGACGAGGGCUGGCGAUAGUGGCGGCAGCUGUGGCCUUCCGGAGCCCUAUGACCCCAGUCACGCAGCCGUCCCAGUGGCGGCCGCGGGACACGCUCGCUCUCCAAACAUCUGUGCGGCACCGGCAGCACUGCGGCCAUUGCACCCGGCGCCGGCCGGCGCAGUUGCGGGGACAGGACUGCAGCUUCCUCUGGAGAGGUCCAGGGAGGGAGAUCUCAGGGCGGGCUGCCUUGCCAGCGAAGACGUCAUGGGCGCAGGCGGCAGCGAUGACGACAUCAGCUUUUCCCAACUUGUCCGUCUGUUGCAGCAGCAGAAGCUCAGCCGUGGCGCACGCGACGACGUAGCCACAUCUGUAGCGCAGCCUGAGUCUGGGGAGCUGAGGACCGCUGAGGGUAUCCACGAGGGGAUCGCUGAGGGCAGUAACGCGAAUCAGCUGCCCGUUGGGGAUGCUGAUGGACGCACCAGCCCACAGGAUGCCGGCGGCCUUGACAACGGGGCCUUCCGUGGCUCUAAUUCGUCCAUGCUGCACAUUCACGGCGGCUCUCACCACCUUGGUGGCCGGAGGGACAUCCACCAUCAGCAUGACGCCCUGCUUUCCGACGACCAACGCAAUCACCAUCAAGCUCAAGGCAACGAAAUCAACGCCGAGGGCGGCAUGGAAUGGGAGCGUGGCCCGGAGAUGUCGCUGCAGCAUGGGCUGGGUUCCGGACCACCAGUUCGGGCAAUACCUCCUACGAUGCCAGGCUCAGCUGCGGGGAGCCUUACGCGUAGUGCGGCUGCGACAGCGGCGCCGCCGUCGCCGCUCCGGGACGACGGCUUGAGUGCGGACGCGGCGGACGUCCCUGCGGCAGUGUCGUCCAUGCAGCAGCGGCAGCAGCAUCCCGGCAGCAAUGACGGGUUGGGUGUUGCGGGAGGACUGCGCCCGGCGGGCGGUGCUUCCUGCGCCUUCGGCAUCGCACAAGCAGCCGCUGCCGCUACGCCCGGUAUGCUGAGGACGGAACCCCCGGUGACGGGAAUGGGGACUGACCAAGGGGAGACCGGGGCGCCGUCCGACAGCCUAGGGACGCCUAGUCCCAGUCCGGGAUCAGACCUGCGUCCCGCGGCACUUCUGCGCCGCUUUGGACCGUCACCGCUGUCACCACAUGGCGCAGUCUUGACGCCAGUUAGGAGCUGUACAAAUACAGCCGGCGAAGGGGCGGAAGUGGAGGGAAGAGAAGGCGGCCGCCUCCCCGGCAUGUCAGGCUUCCAAGGUGAAGGUUCCGACAGCGUCACAGCAGCAUCAGGAGCGGGAACAUCACCCUCGGGACUCGGCUGCUCGCCGCCUAUGCGUCCCGAUGACACAGCUGGGCCCCCUGCCGACCCGCAUCGUGGUGGCGGUGAGGGCGGUGGAGUGGACCCCUUUCUGACACCCGCGCCGUCUACGUCGGAUUUUAGCUUCGGCGCCGGCCAGCGCAGCAGGCGGCGAUGCGCCGGCAGCAGCGGCGCCAGCGCGGAGGACAGUGUCGUCCUCCACGGCGGCGACAGCAAGGGUGCCGGCAGGGCUCCUAAGCCCGCCGCUCGGAAGAUGGACUCCCGCACGCCCACGCUGCUGUCCACGCAGGGCAGGCGCAAACAGCGGCAGCCCCGGCGCUCCACACCAAUUGCCAUGAAGGCACCGCUACCCCCAUCACCAUCACCCCUACCCGGGCAGGUGGCACCACCUGAGCUGACCUCUACACAGGAGCUAACGGCCUGCGGCGCAGUGUCCUCGUCGACGUCCGCUGCGGCCGUGGGGACUGAUCAGCCAGCCGGUGACUUCACAGCUGCAUUGGCGGGGCCGCCCAGCGAGAAACAUGGAGCCGCCGCAGGUGCAGCCCAGACAAUGCAGCCUCCUCGUUGCAAACUGGAACCCGAAGACCAAGGCGCCGCCCCUGGCUUCAGUUUCCAGGCAUGUCAUCAGCCGCAGGGGAAAUCCGCAGCGACGUCAGGAGAGGUGGCUGGCGCCCCACCGCCGCCACUACCAACGCCACCAGCUUCAGCCGCCACGUCCCUGCCAUCCAACCGGAUCCGAAACCCUAACCCUCAAAGCCUGAGCUACAGCCAGCUCGCCCCAAGCCACAACAGUAACCAUAUUGGCGUGAAUCUUAGGCAGAGCUUCCUUCCAACCUACCAGGGCCAGAGUCGAAACAGUCAGGCUUCGGUACUCGGCCAGAGCCAGGGUGGGGGCCUCAUGGCCCUACUGCGCUCGACAGCACUCAGCCAGGGGCCCCAGCACGGCGGCUGCAACCACCAGAGCCAGGGCUAUAGCCAGGUCAUGAGCUCUAUGUUGACAGUUUCUCAGGCCCGAAGCUCCGACGGCCCAAUUGUCAGUCUGCCUGUUUUGAAGCCGGAGGAGAUUCGGCUGCGCACGUCGCAAAUGCCCUGGGCGACCCGCCCCCAUGCAUGGGGGUUGGCCAGCCAGAGAACGGCUACGCGCGGUAGCUGGGGCGGCUGCUCGGGGGUCCAGGAGGAGCCGUCGGCCCAGGGAGGCAACCCGGUUGCAAGCGGCGGUUUGGAUGCGAUGCCGGUCACUCCCGGACCCUGGCUGGGCGGCGAAGACAGCGACGACGAACCGCUGGACGUGGAUGCACUGGUGGCAGCAGGCAGGGCAGCGGCGGGGCUACACACGCCGCCUCCUGCUGCGACAGCAGCAGCAGCGGGGUUAAGGGGUGAGAUGAGUUGUGCAGAGAUGCAGUGGGCUGGCGGCCCAGGGGUCGCCGUGGAGGCCACAAUGCAGCAACCGCCAACCCUGUCCGGUGAUGCAGCGGAACUUAACAGCAGGACGCAUGCGUAUGGAGCGCCGCCCGCUGUUGCUGCUGGGGACCUGGCGUCACGGCAAAACCUGCAUGAACUCUCUGGGGGCUCCGCCGCCGCACCAGCCGCCGCCAGCACCACGAUGCAGGACGUGGCUGCGGCCGCCGCACAGGUGCUGCCCUCCAGUUCCCAAUCACCGUCGCGAUCGCAAUCCUUGCCGCAGCCACAGCCACAGCACCAGGUUGAAGGUCUGACGGUCGAGCAGUCCGGCCGUCCGCCAAGCGGCGCGCCUUUCCCGACGCCGUCUCUUGCCGAGACUACAGCAGGUUUGUGUGCCUUGGACCUGGCUGACGAUUCCGUGCCCGCUGGCGCCUCGGGGCCGAGCCCACACAUCAGUGGCAGCCAGGGACCCGGGGGAGGUCUGCUUGCAGCGGGGCGUCACGGACUCCGCUGUCACCGGCACCAGCAGGAGGAGGAGAAAGGGGAGGAGAGAGAGCCGCCCUUGAAAGAAGGGGCCAGCUGCGGUGGCCGCCAGCGAGACAGCGCCGCGAGCGCCGUUGGGGGCCUGCUGGAGGGCGCAGUAGUCAUCAUCGACCGCUGCCUUCCUCGAGAGCAGGCUGAAACGUGCACCGCUGCGGUGGAGGCGCUAGGUGGCCACAUCAGCACCGCAACGCACCUGGGCUGCGGGGCCACAGCCGUUGUGUGUGAGCACUCCCGUGCGAGUCGCUGGCUGGCAUGGGGGGCACAUUUGCUGUCGCCCCGCUCACUAACCAGGUUGGCGGGCGCGCCGUUGGCGGGAGAGUCCCUGCGAGGGGAGGACAUCCCAGUUGUAGGGGGUCCCGGAAGCAGCGGCGAACACGGGGAAAGGGGUACUGUUGACCUGCUGUGCCUGUCACGUGGCAUUGCAAACGCCCUGCUGCGGGUGCUGGAUGAUCCCACUCCAGACGCUGAGGGGCCCAACAGUCGUUGCCGCCCGUUGUCGGAUGCAGCGCUGCACGGCGGCGGUGCAGAUCAGUUGACGGCGGCGACAGGCGGCGGCGAUGUCGGGGAGGCAAUGCCGGUGGAGGACCCCUGGCCAACCCCAGAAGCCCGGCGGCAGUUCCUCAUGGGCCUCAAGGCGUUCGAGGCAGCAGCGGGCACGCAGCUGCAAGGCUUGGGCCUGGCCGGCGACCAGCCCAGUACUCUGCAACCAGUGGCCCCCCGGGUGCUGCUGGAAAAUCUGGUGUGGCAGCUGACGGAGCCGCCACACCGAGCGCAAGCCAUCGACGGGAGCCCUGCAAUGGGCUCGGACGAGGAGCCCUACGCCGGCUUGGAUGGAAGCGCUGACACGGAGGCGGCUUGGGACGAACAGACCGGCGCGUUCAGGCAGGCACCCAGCCAAGAAGCGGGCUCGCGUUGGGGCGAAGGCUGCAGCGCAAGGCCCAUUAGCACUGAGCAAUUGUUUUCCUGCGGCCGGGCUCCAAUGGCGCGGGGAGGAUCACGGCCUGUGGGCCCUGCGGACCUUGACGCCGUGGUGUUCACGGGCUCCCGGCUGACCCUACUGCUGCCGCAAGAUCAGCAUGGCCUGCUGGGCCACCACGCCAUCACGGUCACACAGCAGGGCCGUUCUCCACGAGACGUUUUGCAGCUCACCACUGGCCACAGACUCAUAGACCACACAGAUCCUGGUGACGGUCGCAGAAGUGGUCGCCGGGGGACAGCUAAAGCAGCCAUCGGAUUUCACGGCGGUGGUGGCAGUGGAGGUAUUACAACACGGGAGCUACUAUCCGCAAUCCACCGCUACUAUGCGGAAAGCAUGGCGCCGAUGGAAAUGGCAGCUGCCAUGGGCAGCCACCCGGCGCUCCGUCGGGAGCUGCAGGUGUCCUGGCAGCAGCGCGUGGCCGUGCCGCGGUCAGCGUUGUUGGGGCGGAAGGUGGUGCUCUCCGGGCUGCGGCGCUGCACCCUGGCGGGUUCGCUAGCUGUCUACGAGCCGAACCUUAUUGGGUGA